AUGUAUGCAGUGGUUCCAGUGACGUUGGAUGAGCAAGGCAGUGAUUGUUUUUAUAGUGAUAAACAACCGGCAGCUGCAGCUCCUCCGCGAAAUUCCCGAUGGAAUCCAACCCCGGAGCAGAUAAUGCACCUGGAGGAGCUCUAUCGAUCUGGGAUCAAGACACCGACGACCCAACAAAUCCGACAGGUGACUGCAGGGCUUCGAAACUAUGGGAGGGUUGAAGGCAAGAAUGUAUUCUACUGGUUUCAGAACCACCGAGCCAGGGAGAGGCAGAAGAGACGCCGUGAACUCAUGUCCAUGUAUCAGUCUGACUCUAAACAACAACAACAACAAACUUUGACUAACAACACAAUUAGCAGUCUCCACGACAAAGAAUCUGCAGGAGGUGACUUUGUUCGUUGUCUUGAAGUUGAGCAGCAGAAUAGGCGGACACUACCAAACUUAACUGUUCUUUCCGAUCAGGAAUCAUCUACAGUACUGCAAGAGAGGAUGAUGAGCAUGGUGAAAAGCAAUUCCUCCAAGCUACUUGUGGAACAAUCCGAUUCACCUGGAUCGACCUCAGACACAAACGCGUCAGCUACAGUCAUUUACACAAAGCUCUUGGACUUCCAUCACUAUUAUGAUUAUGGUAUGGUAUUGACUACACCCAGUAUUUACAAAGAAUUCAAAGAAGAAGAAGAAAGCAGAGAAACUCAAACUCUGGAGCUCUUUCCACUCGAGAGCGACAAUCUUAAAGGUGCUAAGGAUACCAAAUUACCUAUGAGCAGAACCGCAAGCACAGACACUACUUCAGAUUUCAUGGCAGACCAAUAUUAUUAG